AUGCAACUUUCCGUUCUCUGGAGGGCACCCGAGGUGAACCCCAUCAACCGAAAGGCCCGCAGCAUCCCGGUUUUCAACAUCUUUAACAUCUACGCGCGCGCUUUCCACUUCUCAUGGCUUGGGUUCAUGAUUGCCUUCUGGGCAUGGUACACCUUCCCGCCGUUGUUGACGGUGACCAUCAAGAAGGACCUCAAGUUGAACAACGCCCAAGUCGCCAACUCCAACAUCGUCUCCCUAGUUGCGACACUAUUCAUGCGCCUCAUAGCCGGCCCCGCCUGUGAUCGAUUCGGUUCCCGCAUCGUCUUCGGCUCCUUGCUCCUCAUCGGUACCUUGCCCGUCGGUCUUGCCCCGCUGGUGACCAAUGUCACUGGCCUGUAUAUCAGCCGCUUCUUCAUCGGUGUCCUCGGUGCGACUUUCGUUCCUUGCCAGGUUUGGUGCACAGGCUUCUUCGACAAGAACGUUGUCGGAACAGCCAAUGCCCUUGCUGGUGGUUGGGGCAACGGAGGGGGCGGGCUUUCGUACUGGGUAAUGCCAGCCGUUUUCGACUCUUUCGUCCAUGCUCGUGGCUACUCUCCUGGACAGGCCUGGCGCAUGACUUUCAUCGUUCCCGUCAUCUGUCUCUUGGCCUGCGGCCUGGGUCUUCUUCUCCUGUGCAAAGACACCCCUACCGGCAAGUGGGCCGAUCGCCAUCUCCAUGCCCAGGAGAACCUGCGAUCUCACGGUGUAAACGCCGUCAUCGAUGUUCCCGGGGGCAUUGCCGAUCGGACUAUCGGGUCCAUGGCAUCUGACGAGGAGAAGAGCAGCACCCACGGGAAGAACGGUGUCAUCGCCAAAAACGAUGCCCCCCUUUCGGGUGCCGAGAUGAUCGAGACCGCUCAAGGAGACACUGUGGUCAACCCGACUUUCAAGGAUGCCAUGAAGGUUGUCUUGUCUCCUCAGACUCUCUUUCACGUCGCCACAUACGGCUGCUCCUUCGGCGGUGAGCUAGCUAUCAAUUCCAUCCUUUCUUCUUACUACUUGAAGAACUUCCCCUCCCUUGGCCAGACUGGUGCCAGCAACUGGGCUGCUAUGUUUGGUUUCCUCAACAUCAUCACCCGCCCGGCUGGCGGUGUUGUGUCCGAUCUGCUCUAUCGGUUUGGCGGUCACAGCCUUUGGCUCAAGAAAGGAUGGAUCACGGUUUGCGGUAUCCUUACUGGUGCGCUUCUCAUUCUCAUCGGCCAGCUCAACCCCCACAACGAAGCUACCAUGUUCGGCCUCGUCUUCCUCAUGGCUAUCUUCCUCGAGGCAGGCAACGGUGCCAACUUUGGUCUUAUUCCCCACGUUCACAGUCACGCCAACGGCAUUGUGUCUGGUCUUACUGGUGCCGGAGGCAACUUCGGAGGUGUUGUAUUCGCCAUCAUAUUCCGCUUCAUGGACCACGGUGCCAACUAUGCCAAGGGCUUGUGGGUUAUUGGUUGCAUCCACAUCGCCGUUUACAUUGGUGUUUCCUGGAUUCACCCCCUUCCAAAGAACCAGCGUCACUAA